AUGAGGAAAAGCGGUAUAAAUUGCAGCAGGACGCGCAUGUAUGGCGGCAGCAGGACGCGCAUGUAUGGCGGCAGCAGGACGCGCAUGUAUGGCGGCAGCAGGACGCGCAUGUAUGGCGGCAGCAGGACGCGCAUGUAUGGCGGCAGCAGGACGCGCAUGUAUGGCGGCAGCAGGACGCGCAUGUAUGGCGGCAGCAGGACGCGCAUGUAUGGCGGCAGCAGGACGCGCAUGUAUGGCGGCAGCAGGACGCGCAUGUAUGGCGGCAGCAGGACGCGCAUGUAUGGCGGCAGCAGGACGCGCAUGUAUGGCGGCAGCAGGACGCGCAUGUAUGGCGGCAGCAGGACGCGCAUGUAUGGCGGCAGCAGGACGCGCAUGUAUGGCGGCAGCAGGACGCGCAUGUAUGGCGGCAGCAGGACGCGCAUGUAUGGCGGCAGCAGGACGCGCAUGUAUGGCGGCAGCAGGACGCGCAUGUAUGGCGGCAGCAGGACGCGCAUGUAUGGCGGCAGCAGGACGCGCAUGUAUGGCGGCAGCAGGACGCGCAUGUAUGGCGGCAGCAGGACGCGCAUGUAUGGCGGCAGCAGGACGCGCAUGUAUGGCGGCAGCAGGACGCGCAUGUAUGGCGGCAGCAGGACGCGCAUGUAUGGCGGCAGCAGGACGCGCAUGUAUGGCGGCAGCAGGACGCGCAUGUAUGGCGGCAGCAGGACGCGCAUGUAUGGCGGCAGCAGGACGCGCAUGUAUGGCGGCAGCAGGACGCGCAUGUAUGGCGGCAGCAGGACGCGCAUGUAUGGCGGCAGCAGGACGCGCAUGUAUGGCGGCAGCAGGACGCGCAUGUAUGGCGGCAGCAGGACGCGCAUGUAUGGCGGCAGCAGGACGCGCAUGUAUGGCGGCAGCAGGACGCGCAUGUAUGGCGGCAGCAGGACGCGCAUGUAUGGCGGCAGCAGGACGCGCAUGUAUGGCGGCAGCAGGACGCGCAUGUAUGGCGGCAGCAGGACGCGCAUGUAUGGCGGCAGCAGGACGCGCAUGUAUGGCGGCAGCAGGACGCGCAUGUAUGGCGGCAGCAGGACGCGCAUGUAUGGCGGCAGCAGGACGCGCAUGUAUGGCGGCAGCAGGACGCGCAUGUAUGGCGGCAGCAGGACGCGCAUGUAUGGCGGCAGCAGGACGCGCAUGUAUGGCGGCAGCAGGACGCGCAUGUAUGGCGGCAGCAGGACGCGCAUGUAUGGCGGCAGCAGGACGCGCAUGUAUGGCGGCAGCAGGACGCGCAUGUAUGGCGGCAGCAGGACGCGCAUGUAUGGCGGCAGCAGGACGCGCAUGUAUGGCGGCAGCAGGACGCGCAUGUAUGGCGGCAGCAGGACGCGCAUGUAUGGCGGCAGCAGGACGCGCAUGUAUGGCGGCAGCAGGACGCGCAUGUAUGGCGGCAGCAGGACGCGCAUGUAUGGCGGCAGCAGGACGCGCAUGUAUGGCGGCAGCAGGACGCGCAUGUAUGGCGGCAGCAGGACGCGCAUGUAUGGCGGCAGCAGGACGCGCAUGUAUGGCGGCAGCAGGACGCGCAUGUAUGGCGGCAGCAGGACGCGCAUGUAUGGCGGCAGCAGGACGCGCAUGUAUGGCGGCAGCAGGACGCGCAUGUAUGGCGGCAGCAGGACGCGCAUGUAUGGCGGCAGCAGGACGCGCAUGUAUGGCGGCAGCAGGACGCGCAUGUAUGGCGGCAGCAGGACGCGCAUGUAUGGCGGCAGCAGGACGCGCAUGUAUGGCGGCAGCAGGACGCGCAUGUAUGGCGGCAGCAGGACGCGCAUGUAUGGCGGCAGCAGGACGCGCAUGUAUGGCGGCAGCAGGACGCGCAUGUAUGGCGGCAGCAGGACGCGCAUGUAUGGCGGCAGCAGGACGCGCAUGUAUGGCGGCAGCAGGACGCGCAUGUAUGGCGGCAGCAGGACGCGCAUGUAUGGCGGCAGCAGGACGCGCAUGUAUGGCGGCAGCAGGACGCGCAUGUAUGGCGGCAGCAGGACGCGCAUGUAUGGCGGCAGCAGGACGCGCAUGUAUGGCGGCAGCAGGACGCGCAUGUAUGGCGGCAGCAGGACGCGCAUGUAUGGCGGCAGCAGGACGCGCAUGUAUGGCGGCAGCAGGACGCGCAUGUAUGGCGGCAGCAGGACGCGCAUGUAUGGCGGCAGCAGGACGCGCAUGUAUGGCGGCAGCAGGACGCGCAUGUAUGGCGGCAGCAGGACGCGCAUGUAUGGCGGCAGCAGGACGCGCAUGUAUGGCGGCAGCAGGACGCGCAUGUAUGGCGGCAGCAGGACGCGCAUGUAUGGCGGCAGCAGGACGCGCAUGUAUGGCGGCAGCAGGACGCGCAUGUAUGGCGGCAGCAGGACGCGCAUGUAUGGCGGCAGCAGGACGCGCAUGUAUGGCGGCAGCAGGACGCGCAUGUAUGGCGGCAGCAGGACGCGCAUGUAUGGCGGCAGCAGGACGCGCAUGUAUGGCGGCAGCAGGACGCGCAUGUAUGGCGGCAGCAGGACGCGCAUGUAUGGCGGCAGCAGGACGCGCAUGUAUGGCGGCAGCAGGACGCGCAUGUAUGGCGGCAGCAGGACGCGCAUGUAUGGCGGCAGCAGGACGCGCAUGUAUGGCGGCAGCAGGACGCGCAUGUAUGGCGGCAGCAGGACGCGCAUGUAUGGCGGCAGCAGGACGCGCAUGUAUGGCGGCAGCAGGACGCGCAUGUAUGGCGGCAGCAGGACGCGCAUGUAUGGCGGCAGCAGGACGCGCAUGUAUGGCGGCAGCAGGACGCGCAUGUAUGGCGGCAGCAGGACGCGCAUGUAUGGCGGCAGCAGGACGCGCAUGUAUGGCGGCAGCAGGACGCGCAUGUAUGGCGGCAGCAGGACGCGCAUGUAUGGCGGCAGCAGGACGCGCAUGUAUGGCGGCAGCAGGACGCGCAUGUAUGGCGGCAGCAGGACGCGCAUGUAUGGCGGCAGCAGGACGCGCAUGUAUGGCGGCAGCAGGACGCGCAUGUAUGGCGGCAGCAGGACGCGCAUGUAUGGCGGCAGCAGGACGCGCAUGUAUGGCGGCAGCAGGACGCGCAUGUAUGGCGGCAGCAGGACGCGCAUGUAUGGCGGCAGCAGGACGCGCAUGUAUGGCGGCAGCAGGACGCGCAUGUAUGGCGGCAGCAGGACGCGCAUGUAUGGCGGCAGCAGGACGCGCAUGUAUGGCGGCAGCAGGACGCGCAUGUAUGGCGGCAGCAGGACGCGCAUGUAUGGCGGCAGCAGGACGCGCAUGUAUGGCGGCAGCAGGACGCGCAUGUAUGGCGGCAGCAGGACGCGCAUGACGCGCAUGUAUGGCGGCAGCAGGACGCGCAUGUAUGGCGGCAGCAGGACGCGCAUGUAUGGCGGCAGCAGGACGCGCAUGUAUGGCGGCAGCAGGACGCGCAUGUAUGGCGGCAGCAGGACGCGCAUGUAUGGCGGCAGCAGGACGCGCAUGUAUGGCGGCAGCAGGACGCGCAUGUAUGGCGGCAGCAGGACGCGCAUGUAUGGCGGCAGCAGGACGCGCAUGUAUGGCGGCAGCAGGACGCGCAUGUAUGGCGGCAGCAGGACGCGCAUGUAUGGCGGCAGCAGGACGCGCAUGUAUGGCGGCAGCAGGACGCGCAUGUAUGGCGGCAGCAGGACGCGCAUGUAUGGCGGCAGCAGGACGCGCAUGUAUGGCGGCAGCAGGACGCGCAUGUAUGGCGGCAGCAGGACGCGCAUGUAUGGCGGCAGCAGGACGCGCAUGUAUGGCGGCAGCAGGACGCGCAUGUAUGGCGGCAGCAGGACGCGCAUGUAUGGCGGCAGCAGGACGCGCAUGUAUGGCGGCAGCAGGACGCGCAUGUAUGGCGGCAGCAGGACGCGCAUGUAUGGCGGCAGCAGGACGCGCAUGUAUGGCGGCAGCAGGACGCGCAUGUAUGGCGGCAGCAGGACGCGCAUGUAUGGCGGCAGCAGGACGCGCAUGUAUGGCGGCAGCAGGACGCGCAUGUAUGGCGGCAGCAGGACGCGCAUGUAUGGCGGCAGCAGGACGCGCAUGUAUGGCGGCAGCAGGACGCGCAUGUAUGGCGGCAGCAGGACGCGCAUGUAUGGCGGCAGCAGGACGCGCAUGUAUGGCGGCAGCAGGACGCGCAUGUAUGGCGGCAGCAGGACGCGCAUGUAUGGCGGCAGCAGGACGCGCAUGUAUGGCGGCAGCAGGACGCGCAUGUAUGGCGGCAGCAGGACGCGCAUGUAUGGCGGCAGCAGGACGCGCAUGACGCGCAUGUAUGGCGGCAGCAGGAAGCGCAUGUAUGGCGGCAGCAGGACGCGCAUGUAUGGCGGCAGCAGGACGCGCAUGUAUGGCGGCAGCAGGACGCGCAUGUAUGGCGGCAGCAGGACGCGCAUGUAUGGCGGCAGCAGGACGCGCAUGUAUGGCGGCAGCAGGACGCGCAUGUAUGGCGGCAGCAGGACGCGCAUGUAUGGCGGCAGCAGGACGCGCAUGUAUGGCGGCAGCAGGACGCGCAUGUAUGGCGGCAGCAGGACGCGCAUGUAUGGCGGCAGCAGGACGCGCAUGUAUGGCGGCAGCAGGACGCGCAUGUAUGGCGGCAGCAGGACGCGCAUGUAUGGCGGCAGCAGGACGCGCAUGUAUGGCGGCAGCAGGACGCGCAUGUAUGGCGGCAGCAGGACGCGCAUGUAUGGCGGCAGCAGGACGCGCAUGUAUGGCGGCAGCAGGACGCGCAUGUAUGGCGGCAGCAGGACGCGCAUGUAUGGCGGCAGCAGGACGCGCAUGUAUGGCGGCAGCAGGACGCGCAUGUAUGGCGGCAGCAGGACGCGCAUGUAUGGCGGCAGCAGGACGCGCAUGUAUGGCGGCAGCAGGACGCGCAUGUAUGGCGGCAGCAGGACGCGCAUGUAUGGCGGCAGCAGGACGCGCAUGUAUGGCGGCAGCAGGACGCGCAUGUAUGGCGGCAGCAGGACGCGCAUGUAUGGCGGCAGCAGGACGCGCAUGUAUGGCGGCAGCAGGACGCGCAUGUAUGGCGGCAGCAGGACGCGCAUGUAUGGCGGCAGCAGGACGCGCAUGUAUGGCGGCAGCAGGACGCGCAUGUAUGGCGGCAGCAGGACGCGCAUGUAUGGCGGCAGCAGGACGCGCAUGUAUGGCGGCAGCAGGACGCGCAUGUAUGGCGGCAGCAGGACGCGCAUGUAUGGCGGCAGCAGGACGCGCAUGUAUGGCGGCAGCAGGACGCGCAUGUAUGGCGGCAGCAGGACGCGCAUGUAUGGCGGCAGCAGGACGCGCAUGUAUGGCGGCAGCAGGACGCGCAUGUAUGGCGGCAGCAGGACGCGCAUGUAUGGCGGCAGCAGGACGCGCAUGUAUGGCGGCAGCAGGACGCGCAUGUAUGGCGGCAGCAGGACGCGCAUGUAUGGCGGCAGCAGGACGCGCAUGUAUGGCGGCAGCAGGACGCGCAUGUAUGGCGGCAGCAGGACGCGCAUGUAUGGCGGCAGCAGGACGCGCAUGUAUGGCGGCAGCAGGACGCGCAUGUAUGGCGGCAGCAGGACGUGCAUGUAUGGCGGCAGCAGGACGCGCAUGUAUGGCGGCAGCAGGACGCGCAUGUAUGGCGGCAGCAGGACGCGCAUGUAUGGCGGCAGCAGGACGCGCAUGUAUGGCGGCAGCAGGACGCGCAUGUAUGGCGGCAGCAGGACGCGCAUGUAUGGCGGCAGCAGGACGCGCAUGUAUGGCGGCAGCAGGACGCGCAUGUAUGGCGGCAGCAGGACGCGCAUGUAUGGCGGCAGCAGGACGCGCAUGUAUGGCGGCAGCAGGACGCGCAUGUAUGGCGGCAGCAGGACGCGCAUGUAUGGCGGCAGCAGGACGCGCAUGUAUGGCGGCAGCAGGACGCGCAUGUAUGGCGGCAGCAGGACGCGCAUGUAUGGCGGCAGCAGGACGCGCAUGUAUGGCGGCAGCAGGACGCGCAUGUAUGGCGGCAGCAGGACGCGCAUGUAUGGCGGCAGCAGGACGCGCAUGUAUGGCGGCAGCAGGACGCGCAUGUAUGGCGGCAGCAGGACGCGCAUGUAUGGCGGCAGCAGGACGCGCAUGUAUGGCGGCAGCAGGACGCGCAUGUAUGGCGGCAGCAGGACGCGCAUGUAUGGCGGCAGCAGGACGCGCAUGUAUGGCGGCAGCAGGACGCGCAUGUAUGGCGGCAGCAGGACGCGCAUGUAUGGCGGCAGCAGGACGCGCAUGUAUGGCGGCAGCAGGACGCGCAUGUAUGGCGGCAGCAGGACGCGCAUGUAUGGCGGCAGCAGGAAGCGCAUGUAUGGCGGCAGCAGGAAGCGCAUGUAUGGCGGCAGCAGGACGCGCAUGUAUGGCGGCAGCAGGACGCGCAUGUAUGGCGGCAGCAGGAAGCGCAUGUAUGGCGGCAGCAGGAAGCGCAUGUAUGGCGGCAGCAGGAAGCGCAUGUAUGGCGGCAGCAGGACGCGCAUGUAUGGCGGCAGCAGGAAGCGCAUGUAUGGCGGCAGCAGGACGCGCAUGUAUGGCGGCAGCAGGAAGCGCAUGUAUGGCGGCAGCAGGAAGCGCAUGUAUGGCGGCAGCAGGAAGCGCAUGUAUGGCGGCAGCAGGAAGCGCAUGUAUGGCGGCAGCAGGAAGCGCAUGUAUGGCGGCAGCAGGGCACAGGUGGAAGCUGCGAGUGAUGUUGUUCAAUGA